CAGCCUGAAUUGUCUUUAUCCUCGUCAUCAUCUUCUUCCUUCUUCCCACAUAACCAGAGAGAGUCCUUUGAUUGCUUCUCAGCUCUCUUCAACCUUCCCCCUCCUUCGCUUUCGCUUCACGACUCCCUCUCCAACUCCAUCAAAACCCGAUCUUCCACCCCCAAAACCCGAACCCGGUUCAAUUCGAAGCCCUUAACCCUAGGGUUCGAUUACUUUGGGGACGAAUGACGAUCCUUCUGGACGAGAUUGUGCAAUCGCUGGAGCUCUGGCUGAAGAUGAUCAGGAAGCCCCAGCCUUACGUCGACCCGAAUCUCGACCCGGUUCUGCUGGUGCCGGGCAUCGCCGGCUCGGUCUUGAACGCCGUUGACGAGGAGACUGGGAAGGAGGAGAGGGUUUGGGUUCGGAUUCUAGGUGCUGACUACGCCUUUCGGACCAAGCUUUGGUCACGGUUCGAUCCGGCUACAGGUAAAACCGAGUCUUUGGAUCCAAAAACAAAGAUAGUGGUCCCUGAAGACAGAUAUGGACUUCAUGCAAUUGAUGCUUUGGACCCUGACUUGGUAUUUGGACAGGAAGCGGUAUAUUAUUUCCAUGACAUGAUUGUUGAAUUCAUCAAGUGGGGUUAUCAAGAGGGGAAAACACUUUUUGGGUUUGGAUAUGAUUUUCGACAAAGCAACAGGUUGAAGGAGACAUUGGAUCGCUUAGCUGCAAAGUUGGAGGAAAUUUACAAUGCUUCAGGAGGGAAAAAGAUAAACAUCAUAAGUCAUUCUAUGGGGGGUCUUCUUGUAAAAUGUUUUAUGUGCUUGCAUAGUGAUGUUUUUGAGAAGUAUGUGAAGAAUUGGAUUGCAAUUGCUGCACCAUUCCAGGGUGCACCUGGAUAUGUAACAUCUACCUUUCUUAAUGGAAUGUCAUUUGUUGAUGGGUGGGAAUCAAAUUUUUUCAUAUCGAAAUGGAGCUUUCAUCAGCUGCUUAUUGAAUGCCCAUCAAUAUAUGAGUUGAUGGCUUGUCUUGAUUUUCAAUGGGAACACAAACCACUUCUGGAAAUGUGGAGAGAAAGGCUUCAUGCUGAUGGGAACUCUCAAAUGAUCCUGGAGUCUUAUCCCCUAGCAGAAAGUGUGGAUAUUUUUAAGGGAGCUCUUGCAAAUAACACAUUCAAUUAUAAUGGUGAGGAUAUUCCCCUACCAUAUAAUAUGGAAAUCUUGAGAUGGGCCAACGAAACACGUGAUAUUUUGUCUCGUGCUAAAGUUCCUCCUCAAGUUAAAUUCUACAAUAUAUAUGGGGUCAAUCUCGAGACACCACAUACAGUUUGCUAUGGAGAUGAGCAAACACCUGUCACAGAUCUACAACAACUACGAUAUUUCCAGCCUAGAUAUGUAUGUGUUGAUGGUGAUGGGACAGUUCCAGCAGAAUCAGCUAUGGCUGACGGGCUCCGAGCAGAAGCAAGGGUUGGAGUUCCUGGUGAGCAUCGGGGAAUCCUUUGUGAGCAUCAUGUAUUCCGGAUACUGAAGCACUGGUUGAAAGCAGACCAUGACCCUUACUACAACCCUCUAAACGAUUAUGUGGUUCUACCAACUGCAUUCGAAAUGGAGAAGCACAAAGAGAAAGGAUUCGAAGUAACGUCUCUGAAAGAGGAGUGGGAAAUCAUCACAGACAACCGAGACGAUAAUCGCAAGAACAUAGCUGCUGAUGGAAACCCUAUGGUGAGCUCCAUAUCCGUUUCUCAAGAGGGAGCCGAGGCUUGUGCAACUGUCACCGUUUACCCCCAGAAUGAGGGUAAGCAACAUGUGGAGCUCAAUGCUGUAAGUGUGUCAGUCGAUGCCUGAAAGAAGUCGGCACAUCAUCUAGAACACUCUUCUGUAUAUAGUCAUUUAUGAUGAUCUUGAACACUCUGUAUAUAGUCUUUCAUGAUCAUUGAAGGCGUGGUUACCACCUACUAGCUAUGUACAUAGAAGCAUAAAACUUCAGUUGAACUAAUUUCUUUUCCUGUUCAAAUUCCAAGUGCCUUUGCAUAAUUGUAUAUAUGACAUGACAAGAUGAUAAGUUCAAUGUUCUAUACCGUUGCGCAAAC